AUGACCACCUCAAACACCAGCACUCCCCAGCGCUUCUGGCGCAACAACGUCUCACCGGCCCCAUGGUACCCGAUCAAGGGCAUCUAUUACUUCGCCACACACCGAUUCUUGCAUCCACUCCUUCGAAGCAGAAUCAUACCACUCACGCUGCUGUCGACAUGUGUGUUGGCAAUUCUGUUCUUGACGGCGUACCUCCCGAUAGUGGCGUUUCUGGCGCUCUUCCAUUACAGAGGUUCUGCGUGGGUGAAUGGAACAUUUUUCAUUCUCGGCGUUGGCUCACUUCUCAUCCAAGUGCUGUUCGAAGCCAUAUUCGUCGAUCACACGCAAGUCGACAUCUUCGACGCUGUGCUAGUUGCUGAGGGCUACGAAGGCCUUGUCAAGAAGCGAAGACCCAUCUCGGAAGACAUCGAUGAGGCAGAUCCAUACAAGCGACUAGGUCCGCGCGACAAAGGAGCACAAUAUGCGCCCUUCUCCUUCAGGCAGAUCUUCGAGUUCGUGUUAUUCCUGCCACUGAACUUCGUGCCGUUUGUGGGUGUGCCUCUCUUCCUACUUCUUACAGGGUACAGAGCAGGACCUUUGCUCAAUUGGAGAUACUUUGCACUCAAGGAGUUCACGAAGAAACAACGAAAUCAGUACAUCAAGUCGAGAAAGCGGAGAUGGGAGUAUAUGUGGUUUGGAACGACUUAUAUGAUCCUGCAACUCAUUCCGGUUGUUGCGAUGCUGUUUCUUCUGACUUCUGCAGCUGGAAGCGCAUUAUGGUCUGUUCACAUGGAGCAGGAACAACAGCGUCUUGAUGAGCAUACGGACUUUGAAGACGAUGCAGAUCAGCCUCCAGAAUACACAGACGAGCCAUAG